AAAUGUUUUUUUGAGGAAUGGGUCCACAAAGUGAAAGUGCCUAGGGCCCAUAGGUGUCAUAAUGCAGCCACGUGGGGAAGGCACCCAGACUCCAGUAUCACAGACAGGGCUGCCCAGUCGGAUCUGCCACCCAGACAGCCCCCAUGCACUGCCUCCAUCCCCACAUCAUCCCAAGUAAAGCCACAAAGUCCAGCCCCAGUGCUGACAGAGUGGGAGGGGCCACUUCCGGCCUAGCCCCACCUCCUACCAAGGGCACUUUGCCAGGAGUGCAGAGGUGGCUCUGCCGUCUGGCCCAGCCCUCUAACCCAGGGCCCGCCCCUCAGCCCGCCCCCAGACUGGGUGGGGUGACCCCUACAAAAGCUCAGGGUUUCCAGCAGCAGCUUCUUGCUCCAAGAGUCUCGGUGCAGCUGAGGCCAGAGUUAAGGAACAGAAUCUUGCUGAUCCCUGCAUAGGCCCUCACCCUGAGGUCAGGAAGUUUGGAGAAUGAGGCCUUUCAGCCCUGAGUAGGGGUCAGAGAGUUCAAGGACUGCUUUCAGCUCUGCCUCCCCUGGCCAGGUUUCCCUAGACCUGCCCUGUGCCAUGGCAGCCCACCUGCUUCCCAUCUGCACCCUCUUCCUGAACUUGCUCGGCAUGGCCAAAGGCUCCAGGGACCCCGUGGUACCCAACCGGCCCUUCGCCACCAUCUGGAAUGCAAACACCCAGUGGUGUCUAGAGAGGCAUGGCGUGGACGUGGACAUCAGUGUCUUUGAUGUGGCGGCCAACCCGGGGCAGACCUUCCGUGGCCCUGACAUGACCAUUUUCUACAGCUCCCAGCUGGGUACCUACCCUUACUACACAUCUGCUGGGGAGCCCGUAUUCGGUGGCCUGCCCCAGAAUGCCAGCCUGGCUGUCCACCUGGUCCGCACAUUCCAGGACAUCCUGGCUGCCAUGCCUGCAUCCAACUUCUCAGGGCUGGCAGUUAUUGACUGGGAGGCAUGGCGCCCACGCUGGGCCUUCAACUGGGACACCAAGGACAUUUACCGGCAGCGUUCACGGGCACUGGUACAGGGGCAGCACCCUGACUGGCCAGCUCCUUGGGUGGAGGCAGCAGCUCAGGACCAGUUCGAGGGGGCUGCCCGGGCCUGGAUGGCAGGCACCCUCAGGCUGGGACAAGCACUGCGGCCUCGUGGCCUCUGGGGCUUCUAUGGCUUCCCUGACUGCUAUAACUAUGACUUUAAAAAUCCCAACUACACCGGCCAGUGCCCACCAGGCAUCCGUGCCCAGAAUGACCAGCUGGAGUGGCUGUGGGGCCAGAGCCGUGCCCUCUACCCCAGCAUCUACCUGCCCGCAGCACUGGAGGGCACGAAGAAGGCACAGAUGUUUGUGCAGCACCGUGUGGGUGAGGCAUUCCGUUUGGCCGUGGGUGCAGGGUACCCUGAUCUGCCAGUGCUGCCCUACGUCCAGAUCUUCUACGACAUGACUAACCGCUUUCUGCCCCUGGAGGAGCUGGAGCACAGCCUCGGGGAGAGUGCAGCCCAGGGGGCAGCAGGAGUGGUGCUCUGGGUGAGCUGGGAGAACACAAGAACCAAGGAAUCCUGCCAGGCCAUCAAGGACUAUGUUGACAUGACACUGGGGCCCUUCAUCCUGAAUGUGACCAGUGGGGCUCUUCUGUGCAGUCAAGUCCUGUGCUCUGGCCAUGGCCGUUGUGCCCGGCGCCCCAGUCACCCUGAAGCCCACCUCAUCCUCAGCCCCACCAGUUUCUCCAUCGAGUCCACGCCUGGUGGUGGGCCCCUGACCCUCCGAGGUGCCCUCUCACUCAAGGAUCAGUUGCGGAUGGCUGUGGAGUUCAAAUGUCGCUGCUACCGUGGGUGGACGGGAACAUGGUGUGAGCAGUGGGGCAUGUGGUGAUUGGCACAUGCACACAUUGAGUACCUAAUGCAAUCUGGACCUGGCUACAGCUUUCUCAAGUACAGGCACAGUCACAUGAGCCAUGGUCACAGUCAGAAGUACACUCAGGCACUGUCAUGAGCAUAUGCCAGCACAUUCACACUUGCUUACAGACCAAGAUAGUUGCAUAAGGAGUUUGAGCCUCGGGCACCCACCCAGCGGAGUUAAAAAUAUUUCCUCCAGAGACAUUGAGCCAGUCUUUAAACUGCAGCAAUCACAAGAACUGACGUUCUGGAUUUCCCUGGCGGUCCAGUGGUUAAGACUCCGCGCUUCUACUGCAGGGGGCGGGGGUUCGAUCCCUGGUCAGGGAACUAAGAUCCCGCAUGCUGAAAGAAAGGGAGGGAGGGAGGAAGGAAGGAAGGAAGAAAGAAAGAAAGAGCUGACAUUCACUGGGUGCCUACUCUUUCCAAGUCAUGUGCUAGGCAUUUUAAGUAGUCUAACUUAAUUGUGCAGUCCUAACACGACGCUAUGAGGAAACUGAGGCACACACAGGGAGGGUAAGCACUUUACCCACGGUUGCAGCCAGAAAAUAGAGCAGCUGAGAUUCAAACCCAGGUGAAUCUGGGUUUGAAUCUCUACCCUCUACCUCUACCUCUAUAGCGAUGGAGCCCUUUGGCUCCUACUAUAUGUCGCCGGUAAUCAGCCCUGCACUGCAACCUGAAUCCGUUCAGAGGUAACAGCCUCACAAAUAAAGCAGACAUGAUUCUAA